UGGUGGAGGCCAGAUCCGGGCAGCAGGCGACAGGCUCGGACACAGCUCUGCCGUCUCCCCGCCUCGGCACCCCCCGCCUCCCUGCAGCUCCUGCCAUGGGCCCACCGCUCCCCUGGCUCUCCCGUUGCUACCGGCUCCUACCCAGGGCCCUGCCCACCAAGGGCCUGGGCUUCUCAGGAAACCGUCUACCUCCAGAGGAUGCCCAUGCAGGAGAGACCCACUCGACCGAGCGGCGGCGUCAGCAGGAGGAGCGGCAGUGUGGGUUCCCGGGCGAUCGCAGGGCGGAGCUGGCGCAGGUGGAGCAGCUUUUGGAGCAGCAGCUGGAGCUGUACCAGGCCCUGCUGGAAGGUCAGGAUGGGGCCUGGGAAGCUCAGGCCUUGGUCCUCAAGGUCCAGAAGCUCAAGGAGCAAAUGAGGCGCCACCGUGAGGGUCCGGGGGAGAGGGACGCCAUCUGACGUGGGGGUGGGAGAACCCUUCUCCUCCUGGCCGCCCACCCCUCCCAGCACCCCUCCAGCACCCCUCCAUCUUGGAAGGGGGCAGGGGGAAGGGCCAUAGGGCAGCUGGUGAUCCGUCCCAGGGACCAAGCUGGGUUCACGUGCUCCCCCACUCAGCUCUCAUGGCAGACGGGCCUGUGGGAAGAAGCCAUGGCACACAGUGGGAGAAGCGGGAUGCGCUGCUGCCCCUCCUUCCCUUUGCAGGCCCCACCCCUCCCGUCCCCCGACCCACUCUUAUGUCCCCACUCCCUCUCAAGGCUUCACUGACCCAGGUGACCUCACUUCCCACCCCACCCCAAAAAUAAAGAGGAAAGCCCAACAAGCCAAACUUUUUUUUU